AUGUUUUCUCCAUUGAAAGCUGCGUCUAGACUUUCUCGACUACCAUCUGCCUUACACGCUUAUUCCACGAUGUCCUCAAACAUCACUCUGUACUCUUGGCCUACACCAAAUGGCAUCAAGGCUUCGAUCACCCUCGAGGAGCUUAAUCUGCCUUACAAGGUCGAGGGAAUUGAUAUUAGCACCAAUCGUCAGAAGGAAGAAUGGUUCUUGAAAAUUAACCCCAACGGUCGUAUCCCCGCUAUUCUCGAUGGCUCCCAACGCGUGUUCGAGAGUGGCGCAGUCAUGCAAUACCUCGUCGACAAAUACGAUACCGAUAGGAAGAUCAGUUAUGCCCCUGGCACAGCAGAGCAUGUUGAGCAAACCUCCUGGUUGAUGUUCCAAAUGGGAGGACUUGGUCCAAUGCAAGGCCAAGCAAACCAUUUCCGUCUAUUCGGUGGCGCGCGGUCGGACUACGGUAUCAAGCGAUACCUCGACGAGACCAAACGUCUGUUCUCGGUCCUUGAACUCCGUCUGAAGGAAAGUCCCUAUUUAGCUGGGACAAAGUAUACAAUCGCGGAUAUCGCGAAUUUCAGUUGGGUUCGCGCUGCACCCAUCACCCUGGAAAUCGAUCUAUCCGAGUUCCCCGCGCUCAAUCAAUGGGUUGAGAAGAUCGAGCAACGUACCGCAGUUCAAAAGGGCGUGGAUAUUCCGCAGACGAACAAGACUCAGGAGCAGAAGGUUGAGAUGUUCCGCAAUCUUCGUGCAAAGGUUGAUGGCAUGACCAAUACGGACAAGCAUUGA